AUGGCCAAACAAGCAUCGCUCAAGCCGGCUGAGGACUUCAUCGAGUUCGUCAAUGCCUCUCCAACACCCUUCCACGCCGUACACACGGCCACGCAACGGCUUGAAGCUGCUGGCUAUACCAAGAUCAAGGAGCGUGACGCCUGGGCCCAUUCUCUCGUUCCCGGCGGAAAGUACUACCUCACCCGCAACUCGUCUACCAUCAUCGCCUUCGCCAUCGGUAACAAAUGGAAGUCUGGUAAUCCCAUUGCCAUGGUCGGUGCCCACACCGACUCGUGCUGCCUUCGACUCAAGCCCGUGUCGAAGCGUCAGUCUGAAGGCUUUAUCCAGAUUGGUGUAGAGGCGUAUGGAGGCGGCCAUUGGGCAACUUGGUUCGACCGCGACCUUAGUUUUGCUGGGCGUGUCAUGUGCAAGCGUGCUGACGGCGGCAUGGAACAAAAGCUGGUCAAGGUCGACCGACCCAUUUGCCGUAUCCCCAACUUGGCUGUACACUUUGGCGGUUCUGUCCCCUUCGAGUUCAACAAGGAAAACCAGCUCUUCCCUAUCGCAGGCUUGGUUGAGGCCGAGCUGAACAGACAAGGCAAGACAACGGAGGAUGCUCAGAAAGAGAAGGACCAGGAGUCAGAGAGCGCCGACUUCAGCCCUUUGAAGAACCCAACUGAACGCCAUCAUCCCUAUGUCGUUGAAAUCCUCGCUAAAGAAGCUGGCGUCAAGCCUGAGGACAUUCUCGACUUCGAAAUCGUCCUAUACGAUACGCAGAAGUCAUGCCUUGGAGGUCUCAACAACGAGCUCAUCUUCUCUGCCCGUCUGGACAACCUCAUGAUGACAUAUUGUGCUGUACAGGGCUUGAUCAACUCCACAUCGUCCCACGGCAAGCCUCUGACUGAUGAGAACACAAUCCGUCUCAUUGCAUGCUUCGACCACGAAGAGAUUGGCAGUACCUCGGCUCAAGGCGCCGACUCCAACAUUCUGCCAUCAGUACUUCGUCGUCUGUCAGUGCUCCCUUCUUCGCAGGAAACCGAGAGCGACAGUUCCUACGACCGAGCCGAUCAGCCCACCCAUAAGGACGCUGAUCUGAGCACCGCUUUUGAGCAGUCGCUGUCAAGCAGUUUCCUGAUCAGUGCAGACAUGGCUCACAGUGUCAACCCAAAUUACGGAGCCAAGUACGAAAGUGAACACAAGCCGCAGAUGAACAAGGGUACAGUCAUCAAAAUUAAUGCUAACGUUCGUUAUGCAACCAACUCUCCCGGUAUCGUCCUCCUGCAGGAGCUUGCGAAGAGGGCAAAGAAGAGCAGUGGCGAUGUCCGCAGCAGCGGCCAAGGAGUACCGCUGCAAAUGUUUGUUGUUCGCAACGACAUGCCCUGUGGAAGCACAAUUGGACCCAUGCUUUCAGCCAACACUGGCGUCCGAACCUUGGAUCUUGGGAACGCGCAGCUCUCGAUGCACAGCAUUCGGNNGGAGACUGGUGGAGCUUAUGAUGUCGAGUAUUCGAUCAACUUGUUUGAGAGUUUCUUUGAGCAUUACGGCGAGUUGGAAAGUAAGAUCUUUGUUGAUUAG